GCGCGCCGCUACGCACAGAGCCGCGCUUGCGCUUCCACCGCGUCCAUCACGCGUACAUUUUCUACUAUCUCAAAUGUUUUAUUUAAUUACAGUACACAUUUGUACGUACUAGACAAAAUAUCUGUGCAUGCAAUAUUUAAUGUGUCAUUUAUGAGCAAGCAAAAAUAUCAAAGUUGGCGAAUCACAUCGUUGUGUUUUGUGCCAGUUUUUCUUUAUAAAUUUUAAUUUUAAAAUUAUUCAAAAUUAAUUUGGAGGUAGAAAAAACUACGAAAAGUGUAAUUAAGAGUAUAUAUACAGUGGUGGUGUGUUAUGUUUUGUUUAUUUUAAGUGGGAUUUUGGUUGUUAUUUAUAAAAUGGCGAACGCAUUGGCAGUGCUGCAGGGACUGGGACAAAAAGUGCGCGGCAAGGAACACAAUGAGUGUAGAAUAUUGCAGAUAAAUAUGCCACCGCCUACAUCUGUGGACAUUGAGUUUAAAAAUAUAACGAUGACGGUCAAGGAGGGAUUGACUUCUAAAAAAACAAAGACGAUCCUCAAACAAGUAUCUGGCGUGUUCAAGUCAGGUCAGCUGACGGCAAUCAUGGGCCCCUCGGGCGCCGGCAAGUCCUCCCUCAUGAACGCACUUACCGGUUUCUCGGUUCAAGGAGUAACAGGUACGAUACGAGCGGGUAACAGUGUUUGCGUUUUGGACGAGAAGGCCAAGUCUAUCGACUCCCUAACCGCGUAUAGAAAGAAGUCCUGUUAUAUCCUGCAAGAUGACAGGUUAAACCCACUCUUUACGGUCGCUGAACUGAUGAAAUUCGCCUCAGAUAUGAAGCUUGGUUAUACAUUAACAGAAAAACUUAAACAAAGUGUGGUAACAGAAAUAUUGGAUACAUUAGGGUUGUCAGGCACGGAGAAUACACGAUGCUGCAAUUUAUCCGGGGGUCAGAGGAAAAGGUUAUCCAUAGCGGUUGAGUUGAUCGACAACCCUCCUGUCUUGUUCUUGGAUGAACCUACAACUGGUCUGGACAGCUUGACGUCGAAGCAAUGCGUGGAGAUGCUUAAAGCAUUGGCUCGCGACGGCCGGACCGUCGUCUGCACAAUACACCAGCCAUCGGCAUCCCUCUACACAUUGUUCGAUCAUGUUAGUAAUCUUCCUAUAGUGUUAUUAAUAUGAGACGAUCUUUAAUUCGGAGAAACAUUAGGUUAAAACGACUUCCAUAUAGCAUAUAUAUGGUUAGGCAAAUUUGGACUACUUGUUACGCCAUAAUAUGCCUAUCCAUGUCAACUACCCUCCAGUGAAAGUCCCGUCGAAAUUGUACUAGAAAUAGCAAAUUUAGAAUACGGUAACUUCAAUGAGCAACUGGCAGCUAGAUGCUCUAGUCCCGAGGACAAGGAGUUACCUUCUCCCCCGACCCCGACCAGCUCUGACGAGGUGAAGUUCUCUUGCGGAAAGAUGUCCACCAUCAUCAGACGGCCACACGAGGUCUACAAGUUCAGUAUACUGUUCAAGCGAUGUCUCAUACAGCAGUAUAGAGAUUGGACGGUGACCCACCUGAAGGUGUUGCUGCACAUCGUGAUCGGCGUGCUGAUCGGGCUGCUGUACGAGGAGGCGGGCAGCGACGGCAACAAGACCGUCAACAACCUCGGAUACUUCAUCGUCUCCUCGGCAUACCUCUGCUACACCUCCCUCAUGCCUGCUGUACUUAAAUUCCCACUGGAGUUGGCCGUGCUGAAGAAAGAAAACUUCAACAAUUGGUACAACCUCAAGACUUACUACGCUGCCAUCCUUGUCACUGGAAUACCAUUACAGAUAUGUUUCAGCUUCGUGUACUCAGCGCCGUCGUACUUCCUGUCAGGCCAGCCGCUGGAGAUCUGGCGCUUCGGCAUGUUCGUACUGGUCCUCGCCAACAUCACGCUGCUCGCGGACGCCGUCGGCAAUGUCAUCGGCACGUGUGUCAAUCCCGUUAACGGAACGUUCAUCGGUGCGAUAACGACGUGCGCGAUGAUCGUGUUCGCGGGCUUCCUGGUGCUGUUCGCGCACAUGACGCCGGCCAUGCGCCUCGUCUCCUACAUGUCCUUCCUGCGCUACGCUUUCGAAGGGCUCGUGCUCGCCAUGUACUCGUACGGCCGCGCGCCGCUCGCCUGCCCUGAUGACGUCAUCUACUGCCACCUCAGGUAUCCUAACAAAGUUCUUGAAGAGUUCAGUAUGAACCCUAACAACUACUGGGUUAAUAUCGCGGUGCUGCUCACAGAAAUCGUUGUCAUCAGGAUACUGGCGUACUUCACACUCAGACGAACUGUCAAAAAAUCCACAUAGUAAUAAAUUGUAUUUCAGAUCAGUGAUAUAUUUAUUAGCAAGUCACCGUAACAUUGUAAAUGUAAGCUUGUU